AGGGACAGAGAGAGAGAGAGAGUCUGCUGUGGUGGUGUUGGAAAUCGGACGACAUGAGCUCUACAUGAACCGCGUAAAAAAUGCUUUAAGACGCUUUCGGCGUUUGUCUUUCAUCCGUCUUGAACCAAGGACAUAAGCCUGAAGCGGAGCUAUAGCUACACUUCACGAACAGGUGUAACGCUGUUUUAAGCCUGAACGGGGCAGAAUGCCGGAGCAAAGCAACGACUAUCGUGUGGUGGUGUUCGGGGCAGGAGGAGUAGGGAAGAGUUCCCUGGUCCUCCGUUUUGUGAAGGGGACCUUCAGGGAUACCUACAUCCCCACAGUGGAGGACACCUAUCGUCAGGUGAUCAGCUGCGAUAAGAGCGUGUGUACCCUGCAGAUCACCGACACCACAGGGAGCCACCAGUUCCCUGCCAUGCAGCGCCUGUCCAUCUCCAAAGGUCACGCCUUCAUCCUGGUCUAUUCCAUCACCAGCAAACAGUCCCUGGAGGAGCUCAAACCCAUUUACCAACAGGUUUUGGCCAUCAAGGGCAACGUCGAGGCCAUCCCCAUCAUGCUUGUGGGCAACAAGAGUGACGAAACCCAACGGGAGGUGGAAACCAAGGACGGCGAGGCUCAGGCCAACCAGUGGAAGUGCGCCUUCAUGGAGACGUCAGCCAAAACCAACCACAAUGUAACAGAGCUCUUCCAGGAGCUCCUCAACUUGGACAAGAAGAGGAACAUGAGCCUCAACAUUGACGGCAAGCGCUCGGGGAAGCAGUCCCGUGCCGAGAGACUGAAGGGCAAAUGCAGCGUGAUGUAAAAGUCCAAAUUCAGGAGGAAGAGGAGGAGGAGGAGGAGGAGAGGGGAGGUGGAGGUGAGAGAGUGGAAGGAAAUGCCGAGGAAAAGAGGGGAAGAAGAGACUCAUUGAUUAAACGUAUCACUCAGAGCAAAAAUGUCAGGAGGGCAACGGGAAUUUCAUCAUCUAAAUCCUCCUCUGGUUUAACUGGUACAUUCACAACCACAGCUCAACGACAAGAAACAGUCAAGAUUUCAGUUUGACACAUACACCCAUGUGCAUUCUGUGAAAAGGACAUGGCUGAGCAGGUCAGAGGCAAGAGAGAAGAAAAGAGAUGGGCAGAAGACAAUUAAAACAAAGAAGUGUGUACCGCAGAAUCAUUCCUGUGGUCCCAGAGGGGAAAGAACGCCUAGAUGUGGACUCUUGCUUCAUCCAAGUGCCACGGGACGGGUCAUCGUCAACACCUCAGACUGCACCGACCUCCGUCGAAAACAACUGAAGCAGACUGAUCUUCACAAGAGAACAUUUAUCAUCCUCUCUCCUCUCCUCCCAGCUCAGCCCUGCCCUCAUCACUCAAUAUCCUCACGUCUUCAUCCUUCACAUACCCCUUAUUAUAUUCUAACAAAUAUAGAGAAAAAUAACGUAGAGCUGGUGAAGUUUAUUAAGCUCAGUCAUCUGGUAGAAACACUAUUUUAGAGACUGAGGUGUCCAUCAUGCUUGUGUGAACUGGACUCGAUGGUUUGAGACUGCUAGCAUGGACGACACAGUAAAAUAUCCAACAUCCCAGGCCACUUUGAUGGACUCUGGUGUAUAUAGAUACAUACUCGGGAUAUUUAUACAUAUUCCAUCUAGUCUGUACAUGCCCUGCCCCAGUUAGUGCAUCAUUCACAGUAAAAGGGUGAUGGUUCAGACUUACAUAUUUAUGGUUAGACAACAGAUUAUCACCCUCAUCUUCAUAACAUCAUUCCUCCUGAACAAAAGGACCUUCCUGUACCUUUAUCAAGCCGUCGUAAAAGUAAAAACUCAUCUGAAGUGGAGAAGCAUCCAGCGGCAGGGUCUGCACACAUGCUACUACUGAUACAACGCAACAAUCCUUUUAAGACUCUCAUCUAGUGUAGAAUAACUCUGUGUCAGCUCAGUUAAACAUAAAAAAAGGAAGCUGGACUCUGAAAAUACAAGCCUGCCUUGGUAAAUGAGGAUGAUAACUGUACUCAGAAUUGGAUAAUCAUCACCAAGACGGUGAGACAAACUUAAUCCGAGAUGAUUUCGGUUCAAGAUGUCGAGAAUGUCAGUUUGCGUUGGGACUUUUUCACGUGAAGGUUUCUCUGUUUCUUUCUUUUGCCUUUUAUUUGUUAAUGCUAUGAUGCUCUUUAAAUUUACUUAAAGACAAAAAAAAAGAAUCCUCCUUAAACAAAAAGCACACAGAAAAAAAAGGCAUGAAUGGUUAUUUGCUUUGUGCAGAUUUGUUCAGUGUGAAUCCGUAACUGUUUCCUCUUUGGUUGGUUUGUUACAUUUUUCAUGCACUCACCCAGGCAUCAGGAAACAGAAGAAGUCUCACACAUAUGGACACACACACACACACACACACACACACACACACACACACAUAUACAGACAGUGUGCACACAAAUCACCCUCACGUACAAGAACAUUUACCACAAAAACACACACAUAGAUGUGAUAGUCAAUCUGAGUAACACUGUUGACUAAAGAACUCGGCUUAAUCAGCCUAAAUGCCCUCACAUUGCACUUUAUAUCAUAUACUGUACACACACACACACACACAUGCAUAUAUACAUAUACUUCACUGUAAUUUGCCAUUUUGUUUGCCUAUAUUGUGUAUUUAUGAUAUCCACUUUAACAACACCCUUUUUUCAGCUCUGAAUACUGUACACAGUGUACACAGGACAGCCAAAAGCACAAUACUUUUUUACAGACAUAUUUACUUGUACAUUUUUUCUUUGUGUUUGCUUUUGUACAUUAUUUUUCUUCUCCUUUGUGUCUUCCUCGAUUUAAAAUUUCCCCAUCCUACCCAUUUUUUAUUUAUUUUAUUCUAUUUUACUCCCCCCGCAGUCCUGAACAUGGAGGAACAAUCACAUCAUAGGUAGCUCUCAGUCUCAGUGUAGAUCUGUGGAUCUGUAUUUUUAUUUGUCAGUACAUGGCACAAUGAGGUUGUGGUUCUGCUGAACAACAGGGUAUUUGCGAUGUGUGACCGAUAGCUGUGGCUGUGAAAUGUGUCGUAAAAACCUGCGUGAUUGACCACCAACCACCCGCUUGCCUGCCCGCUCAUCCAUACCCCUCCCUCGGCUGUGGAGUAAAAGAG